AUGGCUUCCUGUACCAUUCCUCCCAUUUCCUGUUUUCAACCGCUUCGUGCUUCCGCAACUCCUCUUCCUCCCUCCCAGAAAGCCCGCUUUGUUGCUCGCCGUAAGGAGUCCAUCUCGGUUCAACAACUCCAACGUCCCCUUAUUGAAUACAUGAAGUUGCCGGCGAGUCAAUAUUCAGUGUUGGACGCGGAGAGGAUUGUGCGUGUGAGCGAGGAUACAUUCAGGUGUUAUGUUUACACAAUUAAGUUUUUCACUUUUGAGGUUUGUCCCGUUUUGCUCGUCAAGGUUGAACAGCAACCUCAUGGCUGUUGCAUUAAGCUCUUAUCCUGCAAGCUCGAGGGCUCGCCCAUGGUCGCCGCGCAGAACGAUAAGUUUGACGCUAUAAUGGUGAACCGGAUAUCGUGUGAGAGCGACUCAAAUGAGUCACUGGUGCAGCAACUCGCAUCAGACACUGUAAUUGAGGUAAGCAUUGAUAUUCCUUUCGCGUUCAAAGCAAUACCAAAGCAAGCAAUUGAGUCUGCUGGGACUCAAGUCCUUGAACAGAUACUCAAGAUUAUGCUUCCCCGUUUUAUGUCACAGCUUGUGAAAGAUUAUAAAGCCUGGGCCUCUGGAAAUACCUCAAGACAACCUCUUGGGACAGGUGAAAUCUGA